UCAUUCAUUCACCUAGAUUGUUUAUACAAAGAGGUUACAUUCAAAUACCAGAGGAAAACAAAUGGAGGUAGCCAAGGCAGGGGAAGUCAUUUUCGAACCGGAAUAUGAUCGAGCGAGUGAGAUCAAAGCUUUCGACGAGACAAAAGCCGGUGUCAAAGGGCUUGUAGAUGCUGGAAUUUCAGAGGUUCCUCAAAUUUUUCAUCAGCCGCCGGAUACCUUCGGGGAAACUUAUGUUCCAUCUGCUUCCCGGUAUAGUAUCCCUGUUAUAGAUCUUCGAAGAGUGGAGGAGGAUCGUAGUACUCGGAAGUCGAUAGUCGAAGAAGUCCGUACUGCAUCAAAGGAAUGGGGGUUUUUCCAGAUCAUUAACCAUGGAAUACCUGUGAUUGUUCUCGAGAAGAUGAAGGCUAGUGUACAUAGGUUUUUCGAGCAAGAUGUUGAGCUCAAAAAACAGUUCUACACUCGAGAUUUUACAAAAAAAAUUAUUCAUAAUAGCAAUUUCCAUCUCUUUACUGCCCCAGCAGCUAGCUGGAGAGACUCUAUUUGUUGCAUCAUGGCUCCUGAUCCUCCUAACCCAGAAGAGUUGCCUGAACCAUUAAGGGAUAUGAUGGUGGAGUACACGGACCGCAUAAUAAGUUUGGGUAAUUUGCUCUUUGAGUUGAUAUCAGAAGCUCUGGGGUUGAACCCUGAUCAUCUGCUAAAGAUAGAUUGUGCAAAGGGUCUCAGCCAGCUCUGCCAUUACGCUCCGGCAUGUCCGCAACCGGAAUUGACUCUAGGGACAAGCAAGCAUGCUGAUAAUAGCUUCCUCACAGUGCUUCUGCAAGACCAUAUUGGUGGUCUCCAAGUUCUUCAUGAAAAUCAAUGGAUUGAUGUUCCUCCAGUCCCUGGGGCUUUGGUCGUUAACAUCGGAGAUCUUCUACAGCUUCUAUCGAAUGACAGUUUUGUAAGCGUGGAGCAUAGGGUGCUGGCGAAUUCCGUCGGACCUAGAGUGUCGGUGGGAAGCUUUUUCGUCACGAGUUUUCAACCAAACCCGAGAUUGUAUGGACCCAUUAAGGAGCUGUUAUCAGACGAUUAUCCUCCGAAAUACAGGGAAACUACUGUGAUUGAGUAUAUGACUCUCUUCAAAAAGAAAGGUCUUGAUGGAAAGUCUGCACUGACGCCUUUCAGGAUAUGAACCAGUAACCUCCAAGACAGAGAAUAGAUUAUCAUGUAUCUAUGUAUCUAUGCUGCAUGUACCCUGUUUAUGGACUUACUGUUCCUUGUUGAAUUGUUAUUUUA